AUGGAAGACCCGACCGGCCCGGGCGGCGACGACGACCGCGGCGGCGACAGCGGCGACGACGAGAACGACGGCGAGUUCCCGUGGCCGGAGUGGGUCCCGGAGGGCCUGCGUCUGAACACGGAGGACGUCGCGACCGUCCUCGUCACGUUCGCGGUGUCGCUCUUGUUCCGCGCGACGAUCGCGGAGCCGCGCUUCAUCCCGAGCCUGUCGAUGUACCCGGUGUUCGACAUCGGCGACCGCCUCAUCGCGGAGAAGAUCACGUACCGGUUCAAGCACGACCCAGUCCCCGGGGACGUCGUCAUCUUCCACCCGCCAAAGACGCCCAAGGUGCGUCCCGUACACUGGUUCCCAUACGACCGCGUGUUCAUCAAGAGAGUCGUCGCCGUGGCGGGGGACAAGGUGGAGGUGAAGAGAGGGGAGCUGUACGUCAACGACGCGUCGCGAGGGAAGGAGCUGAAGCUCGAGCCGUCGACGUACGUCAUGGAGCCGCAGAUCGUGCCCCCUGGGGACGUGUUCGUGAUGGGGGACAACCGGAAUAACUCGUUCGACUCGCACAUCUGGGGGCCGUUGCCGAAGGAGAACAUAUUGGGGAGGGCGUGCUUCAAGUACUGGCCGCCGCAGAAGUUUGGGGAGUUACCGCGGUAUCCGGCGCGGGUGGGCGCGGUGCCGGAGCGGUACUGA